UAUAUUUAAAGAAAAUUUGAAUAUAAUUAUAAUGGAAAUUGCUACUGUAAAAAUAUUACAAAAUGAUGGCUUGCCGUUUAAUAUAUGCUUAAAAUGUAUUGUACAAGUUAAUUCGGCUUAUUCAUUCAAACGUCUAUGUGAAAAAUCUGAAAACCAUUUUCGAGAGUUACAGGCUGUUAAAAAACAGUCAAAUUUAAGUAAUGACAACGAAAGAGACAUUUCUGAUUAUUUGGAUAAUUACAUACCAGCGCCAGAAGAUUUAAAUAAAAAAGAUAACGAAUUUAUACUCGAUGUUGGAAACGAAAAAAGUGAUAUUAAAGAAAGUGUGACUGAACAUGAGGUUAAAAUUAAUAAACGAAUGUAUGCCUGUAAUGAAUGUCCAAAAAAAUUUAAUAGAAUAUUAGGUUUAAAAAUACAUUCAGCAAAACACAAGCAAAUACGAAAAUGUGCAAUCUGUAAAAAAGAUUUUAAAAAUAUCAAAAUACUACGGGAACAUAUGAAAAAUAUUCAUCCUGACUAUAGACCACAUGUGUGUAAAAUUUGUAAAAAACAAUUUAGUCUAUCGCCGAGUUUAGUGAAACAUAUGCGAACGCAUGGUGGUGAACGAAAACAUGUGUGUACAAAGUGCGGUAAAAGUUUUUUCGAACCAUGUCAUUUAACUAUACACAUGAGAACACACACCGGUGAAAAACCAAUUGUUUGUUCAGUUUGUGGCAAACGAUUUGCUGAUUCACAUGGCUUAGUUGCUCAUAUGAAAACACAUACAUGUGAGAAAAAUUAUAAAUGUAAAAUAUGCAACAAAGGAUUUGGUCAUUCGUUUGUAUUGCGUGCUCAUUUACGGACACAUACUGGUGAAAGGCCAUAUAUAUGUUCAAUUUGUGGAGCUGCUUUUACAACGUCAUCGUACUUAACAAUUCAUAUGAGAUCACAUACGAAAGAAAAGCCUUACAAGUGUUCAGCAUGCCCAAAAGCUUUCACAAGCAAAAGUGCCUUAACUGCACAUAUUAUGACACACACUGGCGAAAAAAAAUUUCAAUGUAAUAUAUGUGGUAAACGUACAGCACGUGCUGCGGAUCUAAACACUCAUAUGCGUUCACAUACUGGAGAAAAGCCAUAUGCAUGCAAUCAAUGUUCAAAACGCUACCAUACAUCAAGUAAUUUAGCCGCGCAUAAAAGAAGUCAUUCGGGUAUUCGAGACCAUAUUUGUAAUGAUUGCGGCAAAGCGUUUAAAGAUCCUAGAACACUUCAAAGUCAUGUUAGAAUUCAUACAGGCGAAAGACCUUUUGAAUGUCAAGUAUGUGGAAAUCGUUAUAUCCAGUCUAGUCAAUUAACAACACAUAAAAAAACACAUAUUGUUUCAAAUUCAGCUAUUUUAUUAAAAUUGGAUUUGAAAAUGAAUAUUUUUGAUAACGUAACUAGUCGUAGUGGAGUAUGCCGAACAUGCUCAACAGAAAAAGAAACAAGUGAAUUAAAAUCUAUUUUUGCAAAUGAUACGAAUUCUAUUAUAAUGGCAAUAGCUUCUGUAAAAAUUCUUAAAAAUGAUGGCCUUCCAAAUAAUAUAUGUAACGAAUGUUUGAUCCAAGCCGAUUUAGCUUACAAGUUUAAGCAACUUUGCGAAAGCAGUGAACUUGAAUUACGAAAGUCAUAUAAAUUGGUCAAUGAUAAUCUAGCAUUAGAUUCAAACAUUCAAGAAUAUAAAAAUAGUCAACAACAAAAUUUCGAAUUGAAUUCUAAUCGAAAAUUAAAGACAGCUAGUGUUAAAAUAGAAGACGAAAUUAAAUAUGACAAUGAGAAUUAUACUGAUUUUACAACAAUUAAAACAGAUUCUGUUGUAACUUGUGAAUUAUCAACUAAUACAAAAGGAAAAACAAACGAUACCUCUGAAAAUUUAAAAUGCAGUAGUACGUCGAUUGAAAGUUCUAAACAAACAGAAGCAAAAGCCACGAAAAGAAAUUUAUUAUUUGCCUGCGAGAAAUGUCCCAAAAAGUUUAAUCGUAUCUUAAGUUUAAAUAUUCAUUUAUCAAAGCAUAAAAGUAAUCAUAAAUGUAACGUUUGUAAUAAAGAUUUUAAAAAUUUGAAAUUACUAAAUCAACAUAUACGAUCGAUUCACCCGGAACACAAGCCAUAUUGUUGUACAAUAUGUAAAAAAGAAUUUUCAUUAUCUACGAGCUUAACAAAUCAUAUUCGAAUUCAUGUUGGUGACCGUAAACAUGUAUGUACAACAUGUGGUAAAGGAUUCUUUGGACGGCAUCCAUUAAAAGUACAUAUCCGUACGCAUACUGGUGAAAAACCGUUAUGCUGCAAAUUAUGUGAUAAACGAUUUGCUGAUCCACACAGUCUUGUAGCUCACAAUAAAACACAUACAUGUGAAAAGAAUUAUGAAUGUAAUGUGUGCAACAAGCGAUUUGCACAUUCAUUUGUAUUGCGUGCUCAUUUACGGAUACAUACUGGCGAACGUCCGUAUAUAUGUUCAACAUGUGGUGGAACAUUUACAACAUCUUCAAAUUUAACAAUACAUAUGCGUUCACACACAAAAGAAAAACCAUACAAAUGUUUAACAUGCUCCAAAUCAUUUUCGAAUAAAAGUCAUUUGAAUACACACACUAUGACACAUACUGGUGAAAAGAAAUUUCAAUGUAAUGUUUGUGGUAAACGAACUGCACGUCCUGCUGAUCUUACAACACACAUGCGUUCACAUACUGGUGAAAAACCAUAUGCAUGUAAUUUGUGUGAUAAGAGUUAUCGGUCAUCCAGCAAUCUAGCUGCACAUAAACGAACUCAUUCUGGUAUUCGAAAUCAUGUGUGUAAUGAUUGUGGUAAAGCGUUUAAAGAUUCUGGAACACUUCAAAGUCAUAUUCGUAUUCAUACAGGUGAAAGGCCUUAUGUUUGUCAAAUAUGUGGUAAUCGUUAUAUUCAAUCAGGUCAAUUAGCUACGCAUAGGAAAACUCAUAUGGUUUCUACAAAUAAUGAAUUAUCCAAAUUAAAUACUAAAUAA